AUGCUUGACCCGAAGGAGACAUGUCCGACUCCCAUACCGAAUUCAGAAACCGAGGAAACAUGUAACGAUCUGGCUGGUGAUUUGAGUUUGAGCUGGAUUUUGAUUGACCCGACCUGGUUACGAGCAGUGAACCUAUCGAGUCACAAACCGGUGUCGGUACAGAGGCAUUGGCUGAGCAGCGAAGUGCACGCGCGGUUUGCGACAGUGCUGGCGGCAGGAGAGAAAGGAUCAGCAUCGGAGUUCGUGCAGUGUGGAAUUGUUGUCACGUGCGGAAGCGGAGGCGACAGAGGGGAGAUGCACGUGAGGGGAGCGAGUUUGCAAGUGGAGGAUAUGGAUGGCGUUUUCUUGGAUGGGAAGGGUAGUUUGGAGAUUUUGAAGAGCGGGUUCGAGGGUAAAAAAGGAAUUAACGGGAGGAGGGAAAUGGAGGGAGGGAAAAGGUACGAGAUGUUUUUGGAAAUGAAGAGGGAUAGGAAGGAAAGGAAAUUGAAAAAUGAAAGGACUUUGGACAUGUUGUGUGUUACUUUUGGGGUCAUGGUUUUCGUCUCUCUUGGCUUAUUUCUUUUGUUGAGAUGA